CUUUCUUACACACACACAUUGCAAAGUGCAAACAAUCCCAAACACUUUCCAAGAAAACUAUAAUUUUUAUCAAAGUUUCUGAGCUUUCUUUUUGUUUUUUCAAUUUCAAGAAAUGGAAAAGGUGAGCUUGAAUAGCCAAUUCUAUUUUCUCAAAAAGGCAAUGAAAAUUCUGCUGCCUGUCUCUUUAUUUUCAUUGGUGUUUUCUCAAUCCUAUUCAUUACUUCCUUCUCUUUUCUACUCUUUUCAUGAAUUUUCUUCCUACUUUUCCAUUCAACUUUUCACCUAUAGUUCAGAGAGGAACUAUAUUUUCCUUCUUUGCAAUGGAAUUCUUGUUUUCAUUAUCAAGAAUUCAGGGUUAAUUAGUACUAACAUUUCUCAUCAUCAUCAACACUCCCCCAAAGAAAGCCAUAAGGAGUUCAAGUCAAGUGAAUACAAAAAUCAAGAAACAAAAGAAGUGUUUCUUGAAAAAGUUGUUGAAAUUGAAAACAAAGAAGAACAAAUUGAAACAAUGACUGAGGUUGAUAAUCAAGAAGAAAAAAAGGGGCAGCUCGAUGCAUUAAAGUUCCCGUUAUGCAUGGAGUCCAAGGAAGAAUUGGACCAGAAGGGUCUAUUGUACGAAGAUUAUCAAGAAAAUGAUAUUGAAAUUGUCGAAGAAUUGGAAGAAGAUGAAGAAGAAUUAGAAGAAACAUUAGAAGAGUUACAUAAGAAGUGUGAUGAUUUUAUUAAGAAGAUCAAGAAAGAGAUCAACGGGAAGAAUUGAUGCUGGAAAUAUUAACCAUCAGGGGUUUACCAUCUACUAUGAGUAUAAUUUAACCAUGUAUAUUUCCCUUUUUUUGCUUGUUUGUUUUUUAUCCAGCGAUAUCACUCGUUCUGGUGUC